AUGGUAGGUGGUGGUGGUUGUCAUGUUGUUGAUGUUAUUGUGGGGGAUAAGAGAGUUGUGGAGGUUGAUGAUGGUAAUUCUUGUAGGAUUGAUUCUGUAACUUGUGAGAGUUCUUUUGUGAAUGAUUGUGAUGAUGUUGGUGGUUUGUUGCGUAGUUUAUAUCCAGAACCAGAGAGAGUUUUGUUGUCUGCUAGUUGGAAGGGGAUUAUACAUAGUGUUGGUCAAGAAUUUGAAGGUAGAGUGCCGGGGUUCCGCAUUGCAUUGGCUAAGUAUGCAGUUGAGUGUGGUUUUGCAGUGAAUUAUUUGAAGAACGAUGCAACAAGAGUAACCACUGAAUGUAUGAUGAAGUCGUCUACGGGUUGUAAAUGGUUUGUGUAUGGAAGGGUGUUGAUGGAUUCUGGUGUUUUUUUUAUAAUGAAGUUGGAUAAUGUGCAUACUUGUGGGGAUGUUGCUCGUAGAUCUUGUAGCAAAAUGGUUGGUUCUAGACUUGUGUUUGAUAUUGUGCAAAAUGAUAUUAGUGAUAAUCCGUUGACUCGUCCUAUUGAAGUUAAAAAAAAGUUGAAGAAGCAAUAUGGUAUAGAUGUUUCUUAUCGGGUUGCAUGGUUAGGAGUUGAUAAGGCAAGAGGUGGGUUGUUUGGUGAUUUUGUAACUUCUUUUGACCAGCUUCAAUGGUACCUUGAGACGGCUAUGAGAACGAAUCUGGGAAGUGUGUUUGAAUUAGAUGUGGAUGAAAGUAGUGGGCGUUUUCGGAGGUUGUUUGUGGCAUUUCAUGGAUGUUUGUAUGGCUUUCAAUUUUGUCGUCCGUUGUUGUUGGUUGAUGGUACAUUUUUGAAGGGGCGUUACAAGGGGCAUUUGCUUGCAGCAACAUCAAAGGAUGGUAAUCAAGGUUUGUUUCCUUUGGCUUUUGCGAUUGUUGACGCUGAAAAUCAAGAUAAUUGGAUGUGGUUCUUAAGUCAGUUGUUGAAGGCUGUUAGUUCAGGCCGGAGAUAGACUUUUGUGUCGGACCGUCAACAUGGAUUGCUAGACGCUCUUUCAGUGGUUUUCCCCAAUGCACAUCAUGCUUAUUGCUUGAAUCAUUUGAAG